AUGGUAGAGGACGAGGGGGUGAGCGGCAUAAACCGCGUGAAUGCCGCACUCCGUGGCGAUAAUAGCAAGGACGACAAAGAGAGAAGGAGCAUCCCCCCCACGAAAGAUGACACCACCCAUUUGGAGGAAGACGAGGGAGGGGGAAAGUCUCCUCCGCUGGGGACCUCAAAACGGACCAUCCAGCUGCCCAUUGGACGGAUAAAGGUGGGGAAGUUGAACUUGAGGUCGUUUAGACGGAAGAGGGAAGAAGAAAAAAGAAAAAAAAAAGAAAAACAAGACGACGAGGAUAACGUAUCUGAUGAACUCAGGGGUGACCCCCCGAGUGGCACCCCCUUGUCGGACAAGGAAGAUGUCCUCACCGCAAGCAGCUCCACCUGCACGGAGCUCCUGAACGGUCGGUUAUUGUUAAGUGGAUACGAAUUCGCAUUGAACGCGGAAAAUUUGAGAAAAAAAAAAAUCACCCACAUUGUUAACAUGGCAGGGGAAGAAUGCCCAAACAAAUUUGAAGCCUCCUUUUCGUACAGAACCUACUACGUGAAGGACGACUUAAGAGAAGAAAUAUUUUACACUCUGUUGGAUGCUUCUCACUUCAUCGAAGCAAUGCUAAGCAGUGAUGAAGGAAACAAAAUUCUUGUGCAUUGCAAGAAGGGAGUUUCCAGGUCUGUCAUCAUAGUUAUAUUUUUUCUCAUGACCCGGUUGGAGUUAUCUUUUGGUGAUGCGUUCGACCUGGUGAAGAAGCGGCGCCCUCUGUCCAACCCGAACUUGAGCUUCGUCUCGCAGUUGCUGCGUCUGUUUGAGUUGCGUAGGCUUAUUAGUAGUGGCGGCAAGGAAGGAACAUCUCUAGUGGAACCUCCCCAAUGUGUCCACCCCCCCGGGGAAGUCACACUCAUUUUUCGAAUCGAUGCAGCAGGUAAGGCACUCACGCUGACCAAUCUAAUGAAUCACUUUACCGAUGUGGACGCCUGCACCAACUCUGACAGCGUGUAUACGAAACCCACAGAGAUAGACGAACGAUUUAACUACGUGUUGACAAGGGACUUUCGCGAAUUCUACUUGUUGCUGCUUGACCCUACCUUCGAAGAAGUGUGCACCCCCCUCCUUGAGCGCUUUGCACAGAUAUGUCGAUCCUUUUUUCAUGGUGGCCCUGCCAACUCGACCGACAUGACACAACCUAUUGUUCGCUCCGAUGUUGGCGAGUUCAUGCAACGACUUCGAUUGGACACACAAAUGUUUAUCCGCCUUCCCUGCAACGACGAGGCGUACUUGAAGUUGCAGAAGGUGCUGCAGGGGAGGGGUGGCGAAAACUCGAUGAUCUGA